CACUUCUCCUCGUGUGCGCACUGACGCAGACGCACAAGCGUCUCACCCAACCAACGCCGCUUCCACUUUUGCAGCAGUCUGGCGUGCACGGGCUCCACAUUGAAACCUCGCUAAAAAGUGCUUGCCACAAUAUUUCUAUUAGGUCAUUUCCUACUUGCGCGAAAUGACGAUUGGACUCAGGCGAUGGAUGCGGUGAAGUUGCCGUCGCCGGUCCGAAGUGAGGAGCCGCGUGGAGAAAGCCCCCUAUUUUGUCUCGAGUGGGAUACUUCAUCGAGAAUUCAUCUGAACUUUAAGCGGGCAUCUCUCCGUGAGGAGUGGCUCUGAGACUCUUUAAUUCGACCAAGCCUGACAGCAACUCGGGCUCACAAGUUCGGAUUUAGAUGAACUAAGUGUAACCACAACGCGCAUUCAAAGUCUGGAAUACUCCGACUGCUGCUUCUUUGAAUGAUGCCUGCCCGUUCCAAGGGGAUUUAUUGGCUUUUGGCAUUUCUGCACCUUUGUUCAGGGUCUCGUCUUCGCCAAGAGGACUCCCCUCCCCGCAUCGUUGAGCACCCCUCUGACCUGAUUGUGUCCAAAGGGGAACCAGCCACUCUCAACUGUAAAGCAGAAGGCCGUCCGCCACCUACGGUGGAGUGGUACAAGGAUGGGGAACGUGUGGAGACGGAUCGGGACAACCCUCGCUCGCACCGCAUGCUCUUGCCGAGCGGCUCGCUCUUCUUCUUACGUAUUGUCCACGGACGGAGGAGCAAGCCUGACGACGGCAGCUACGUCUGCGUGGCCCGCAACUAUCUGGGCCAGGCAGUCAGUCACAAUGCAUCGCUGGAAGUAGCUAUUCUACGUGAUGACUUCAGACAGAACCCAGUCGACGUCAUGGUUGCAGUGGGUGAGCCCGCAGUGCUGGAGUGCCAGCCACCCCGUGGACAUCCCGAGCCCACUAUCUCGUGGAGGAAAAAUGGAUUGAACAUAGACGACAGAGAGGAACGAAUUACAAUCCGCAGUGGCAAGCUGAUGAUCACCAACAGCAGGAAGAGCGACGCAGGAAAAUACAUUUGUGUUGGAACCAACAUGGUUGGGGAGCGUGAGAGUGAAAUCGCCGAACUCACUGUGCUUGAGCGUCCAACGUUCCUCAAGCGGCCCAGCAGUGCAGUGGUGCUGGCAGACGGGAGUGUGGAGUUCCACUGUGCGGCUCAAGGUGAUCCUGUUCCGACGGUCCGCUGGAGGAAAGAUGAUUCGGAGCUACCUAAGGGCAGAUAUGAAAUCCUAGAAGACCACACUUUGAUUGUUCGCCAAGUGACCUCUUCAGAUGAGGGUUCCUAUACAUGUGUGGUGGAGAACAUGGUUGGCAAGUCUGAAACAUCUGCUAUGCUUACUGUUCACGUCAACUCUGUGAGACCAGCAUUUGCCUUACGCCCCAGAAACCAGGUGGCGGCAAUAGGAAGGACUGUCACCUUCCAGUGUGAGGCCACGGGUAACCCGCAGCCCGCUAUCUUCUGGCAGAGGGAGGGCAGUGAAAGUCUUUUAUUCUCGGCACCGCAGCCCUUCAGCCGUGUGUCAGUCUCCCAGAUGGGCAGUUUGACCAUCACCGAUGUUCAACAAUCUGAUGGCGGCCUGUACAGCUGUCAGGCUCUCAAUAUUGCUGGCAGCGUUAUUACCAAAGCACUGUUGGAGGUUACCGAUUCUGGCUCAGAAUUACCUCCCCCUGUAAUUAGACAGGGCCCGGUCAAUCAGACGGUUCCUGUGGACAGCACAGCAGUGUUGAGUUGCCAUACAGCUGGCAUGCCACCUCCGUCGGUACACUGGAAGAAGGACGGUGCCGUGCUGUCACCACUGGACACACGUUUGUCCAUAGCAGAAAGCGGCUCACUUGAGAUUCGCUACACAAAGCUUGGAGAUACCGGCUUCUAUACUUGUGUGGCUUCUAGUCCCAAUGGAGAGGCCUCCUGGACAGCAUAUUUACAAGUAGAGGAGUUUGGAGUCAUUGUCCAGACCAGUGGACCUUCAGGCCCCGCCAUGCUGCCUGGUGCCCCAACGAAACCAGAGAUUACUGACGUUAGCCCCACUUCUGUCACUCUUUCAUGGAAAGCCAACCCCAAUGGUGGUGCAACGCCUACAUCUUACCUAAUAGAGGCAUUCAGUCAUACUUUAGGCAGCAGAUGGGUGACCUUAGCCGAGCAUGUGCAGAUGCAGACUUUUGUCCUGAAGAACCUGAAACCUGGCACCGUUUACCUUUUUAUGAUCAGAGCUGUCAACGCUUACGGCCUCAGCGACCCCAGUACCAUUUCAGAUUCAAUCCGGACGCUCGACAGCACUUAUACAGCUGAGGGAACAGACCCAAGUCACAUCCAGAGGGAGUUGGGGGAUGUGGUGAUCCACCUAAACACUCCCACGGUUGUGUCGUCCUCUGCGGUCCGGGUGAACUGGAUGGUUGAGCAGCACUCUGUGUACAUUCAAGGCUACAAGCUGUUGUACAGGCCCUCAGCUGAGCACGGUCAACCUGAGGGCCAGUGGACUGUCCUGGAUGUACGUGCCCCACAUAAGGACGGAGUGUUGAUCGGUCAGCUCAAGAAAGGCGCCAUCUAUGAGUUCAAAGUGCGGCCCUUUUUUGACGAAUUCCAGGGAGCCGACAGUGAGGUGAAGGUGAUCAGAACGUUGGAAGAAGCACCAAGACGAGCACCUCAGGAUGUUACUGUAACAAAGAGCGAUACCAAUGGUACUGCAAUCCUCGUAUCAUGGAAAGCACCUCCAGUCCCCGAGGAGGCACAAGUCAUUCAGGAGUACAAGAUCUGGUGCCUGGGUAAUGAGAGUCGCUAUCACGUGAACCAAUCUGUCGACAGCUACACCUUCUCUGUACUGGUUCCCGGUUUGGCACCGGGGAUUCGCUACAGUGUAGAGGUCGCGGCAAGCAAUGGUGCCGGACCUGGGGUCAAGAGCAAGGUCAUGUUCUUUCAGUUUGACUCUGCUGGUCAGAUGAUGGAUCUGAGUGAGGAAAAGGACACAUUGUCACACAUUUCAGACGUGGUGAAGCAACCAGCAUUUAUUGCAGGCAUUGGCGCCACCUGCUGGUUCGUUCUUAUGAUUUUCAGUGUGUGGCUGUACCGUCACCGCAAGAAGAGAAGUGGCCUCAGCAGCACGUACACCGGCAUCCGCAAGGUGCCAUCAUUCACCUUCACACCAACAGUUGCAUAUCAAAGAGGAGAAUCUGUGUGCAGCGCUGGCAGGCCCGGCCUUCUCGGCAUGGGUGAACCUCUGAACCAGUUGUGGCUGCCGGAUAAUUGGCCGAAUGCAUGCGCCAAUCAUAAGGACUGCAGCAUCAACUGCUGCAAUAACGGUAACGGCACCAGUGACAGUAACAUGACAACAUACAGCCGACCAGCCGAUUGCAUCGCCAACUAUGGAAAGCACCCAGACAACACACACGGGGGACAGCUUGGCUCAGAGACAACUUUUUAUACGGAUGUCAACCUCAGCAACAAGCUCAAUGAAAUCAAGACAUUCAACAAUUCCAACCUGUGCUAUGCAAGUCCAGGAGGAGAUUCCUCAGAUGGCUAUGAACCGAUCCCCUAUGCUACCACCCAACUUAUUCAGGCCAAUAUUAAAAACAAGACUCAUCCAUCGGAGUCUAUGAACAUGCCCUGCUGGAAUCAGCCACCAAAUCCUCCUCCACUACCAAAAGAGAUGGCCACACAGAUGCAAUACAACAUCAUAGAGCAAAACGUUCGAAAUAAAGAUCAUCUAGAAGGAAAUGAAGGCUUAGUACAUCACAAAAGCAGCCCCUACAACCAUAACCAAGAUCACAGUAUGGGAGGCUCGCAUCACAGCUCAGACAGGGGUAGCAACAGCACCUCAGGAAGUCAAAACCAAAAGAAAGGACCUCGGGCCAUGAAGACUCCAAAACAUACUGCGGUUAGCUGGGGAGAUGCUCUUUCUCCUCCUCAUGCUAUUGCCUGGAACGGUGAUGAGUACAGUCUCCCCAUGGAGAAGAGCUAUGAUCCAGAGAAAAGAACAGAAGGCUGCCCAAUUCCACCAAUUAGAGGGGCAGCAUCAUCUCCCCCUGACAUGUCUAAUAGUUGCCAUACUGCCACACAUCCACACGGAAUCAUGAGCAAUGGUGUGCAUGAUGGAAACAAUCAUCUCAGCUCCAACCCCCUGUACAUGGAAAGUGAUGAACAAGACGAUGACGCGGAAGACGAGACAACACUUACCGAAAACCACUACCAUCUGCACAAAAACCAACAGCACAAACAAAAGUUGCCUCAUAACUCCCCGCACAAACUGCUUUUCCACAGGCUGGAACAGACCCCAGCCUCCAGCACAGGGGAGCUGGAUAGAUCGGUCACAGGGUCCAUGGUAAACAGCUGGGGCUCUGCAUCUGAGGAGAACUUAUCAUCAGGCAGGUCCAGCAUUGUCAGCACCUCAGAAGGAUCUUUCUUCACGGAUGGAGAUUUCAGCCAGCCAGAAGGCGUGCGUAUGUGCAGAUACCCAGAGGAGUCAGGGCAGCGACAUCAGCGGCCCAGCAGUCCCAUGUCAACAGACAGCAACAUGAGUCCUGCAAUAAUGCAGAAAAGGCCCAGAAGGUUUAAGCAGAACCAGUGUGUGCCACCAAGCUACCAUCCCAAAGAUGUCUUCAAUGACGAUUCGUUCAUGCCUCUGAAUUUCCCCAGUCAAAUGUCCCAUAGCGACUCGAGAGUAAGGGGGGCCACCUUACCCCGGAUGGGAUCUGGAGAAACCCGAGGCCGAAGAGGCAGCACCGGGACUCACCGGGUCAGAGAGGCUCCAUUUGAGGAGGGAGAGAGCCAGGUCAUUGACAAGAUUCAACCAAGCGGAAAUGAAGGUGGCAAAAGCAAGCAACACUCAGAAUGUGGGGACAUUCGUCUGUACAAUCGUACCGCUUUACCAUCAGGUCCAGCUGAAAACGAGCCUGAUGACCGCAAUGCAUCCAGCUUUAUACUUUGUGAAGACUCGAGGAUCAAACACAGAGGACAGAUGGAGUCUCCGGUAGUAGAUGAGUUCCUGAGAAGCUGAGAAGCCUUUUGAUGACACCAUAACAGCUGCUCCGACAGCUGCCUCACUGAACGACUUGGGGUCGGUGGUGUGGGCAAAACUAAAACAACAAACACAACUAGUAAAUUACUGCACAAUAAAUGCUGUUUUUCUAUAUUGAAUUUCUCACUCAGUGUUGGUUUGAAAAAAAAAGUGUUCAUGUUUAUGUCUGUGGACUUUAUUCUGGCUGACCUGAACAAAAGGCUCAGCCGAUGAUGUAAGAUAAAUGCGCACGUUAUGGCUGAUGUGAUUGUCUACAAAACUAUUCUUCAUAAUGAGCGUUACUUGUGUAUUCUAAAAAAAAGCUUGUGUCAUCUCCAGACAGCUUGUAAAUUGUUAACUGCCACAGAAGUGCUUCAAAUUGAAAUUUUAUGUGACAGUGUUAAUGUUUUCUUAGUGAUGUACAUCUUGCGUCCUUGUAUGGUUUGUUCUACUUUGGGUUAGAAAAGCACAAUCACUUAUUUUUAUGAUCAUACUUGUACGCAUUUUGUGGAAUUGUGUAAAUCAUUUGAUCUUUUGACUUGAUUCAAAGAAAAUGAAUGUUGAUCUCAAUUGUGCAUCCAGUUGCGUACAGUUUAAGCUGCUUUCAUUCAGAAGUGAGAUCUCUGUUUUUGAGUAUUUUUUGCAUGCACAUUAUCCUAAUGGAUGGAUUACUAAAAUAUUCUGCUCCUGGACCUUUAUUUUAUUAUUAUAAUUAUUUUCAUUCACCUGCUUUUUUUCCCCUCUUCACUUAACCUUGUCCCAAACUUCUUCAAAUUAAAUCUACUGUCUCCAUUCUGUUAUUACUCAUCCUGACCUAAAUGGAUUCAUGAAACAGUUUGCCAGUAAAUUGAUUAAAUGUCAUUAGCUUGGGAAAUCAGAAGGGUUAGCCUCAGUAUGAUACAAUCGCUGUACUCCAUGACAGUAAUACAGAACUAAGUGAAUAUCAAAGUGCAUCUAAACAAUAUCACAAUAUUCAUUUAUGAAAAAAAAAAUGAAAGUCAAUGCUACCUAUAAGUCACCUUGAAUGACAUUUUCCAGAAUGGUAAACAAAACAAAACCUAACAGGUCUACUUUUGUCUGAUGCCUAUAAUGCACAUAGGAACAACUACCGGUACUCUGUCACUUGAAGUAAACCCAGUUAUCGUUUCUAAUUUCCAUUCGAUCGCUCUCUCUGUGAUUUGCCGUGCUGUGCUCUGAUUUUAGGUUUUGAAGAAUAAAGUCACAUGCUUACAA